AUGCCUGACGUCGAUUUCAUCGGCACCAUUCUCCAAGACGUGCGAAAAGGUCAAAAGGGCUUCGCCACGCGCAUGAGCGUGCACGAAGACGCGCGCGCGGACGCGAGCGAAGGGUUUCCCGUGACCGGUGACAUCGUGAAGAUUCAGUUCGGCGUGGAGACUGGGGAAGGGGAGGUUUUGCAAGACGCGGCGGCGACGGAGGCGGUGACGUUUGAGGUCGGCGCGAGCGACGUCAUGGGAAAUCCGCUGUUUAAGGCGUUCGAUGAGGCGGUGCGGAAGCUGAACGUUGGAAAUAGUGCGGUGGUGAGCGCGAGCGGGGGUGAUUACGAUCCGAACUUGUUAUUUAGCGUGCCGGCGAAUCACGAGGAAAUCGCGCGCUUGCGCGCCGAGUGGUCGGAUAAGGGAGGUUUGGUCGAAGGAUUGACGGUGACUCUCGUCAACGGGCAACCCGCGGUGGUGCGCGCGAUGGACGCCGAGAAAGUUGUUUUGGACGCCAAUCACCCCUUCGCGGGAGCGGACGUGUUCUUCAAGGUGACCUUGCUCGGCGUCAACGUGGACGAGGCGUGA